ACCAAGUCUACCGUGGUCUAUGGGUGGAAAAUUUGUGUAGCUUAUGUGGUUUCUGACGUCAGUGGGCUCGUUCUAAUCAAGAAGAGAUGGGAUUGUGAUGAUGAUGAUGAUGACGACCUUGGUAUGGUAUGACAUCGAUGGUAACUGCCUACGGUUGUUGGAGUUGAUGAUAAGGAUAUAUAUAUUAUAACGACUUACGCCGUACGACUUAUACCUAACGAUAUCAACAUAUGAUUCUUCCACUCAACCAUCUACGAUCUUUUAUGUAUUGAACCAAUCCCAACACCAAGUAUCAACCCCAAUCUCAAACUCAAUCCUGUCGAAACCAACCCCAUCAAGAUGUCUACCAACAUCACCCCCCACUCCAAGAAACCCAACCCCCUCGACGACCAGCCUACAACCCCCAUCCAAACCCAGCCCCUCUCCGCCGAGCAGGAACAGCGCGACUUACCGUCCGACGAGCCGUACGAGCGUCCUGAGGAGAAGGCUGAGACUGAUCUCUCCAUCCUGGACGGCAAGACAGUCAACAAGGUCGGCAAUGUCGUCGACGCCCAGGGCAACGUCUUUGGGCGCAUUGUCUCCGGCGAUGGUCGACUGGCUGGUCGCAAGGUCGACGGCCUAGGCCAGAUCUGGGGCGACAAAGGCCAGGUCCUCGGCAAGGCAGAGCUGAUCCCCGGCGCUGAGCAGGAGAAGCCUGAGGGUCCCUUCUAUGGCUUCGAGACUGCCGUCGUUGGCAAGGACGGCGUGGUGGCCGAUGCCACGGGCAGCACAAUCGGCCGUGUCAUCGAAGGCGAUGCCCUGCGCUUGCUUGGGCGCCAGGUCGACGAAGACGGCGAAAUCCUUGACAAGAGUGGUAACACAAUUGGUCGUGCGGAACGUUGGCAGCCCGAUGAGAAGAAGCGCAACGUCAACCCCAUGGCUGGUCGCAAGGUCACCCGCGAAGGAGAAGUGCGCGAUGUUGACGGAAACCUCAUCGGAAAGCUGACCUCCGGCAACCUGCCCACACUCAUCGGAAAAGAAAUUGACGACAAUGGCAACGUCGUGGACAAUGACGGCAACAAGCUGGGCGAAUGUACUCUGAUCGAGAACAUCCCCGAGCCUGAGCCUGAGCCUGAAGCCGAAGAGCCCGGUCCAUCCCCGGAGGAACUGCAGAAGCAGAAGGAGGAAGAAGAGGACCGCCAGCUGGCGAAGAAGAUGAAUGCCAUCGUCGGCCAGACACUGGAUCGUCUCCGCCCCAUCUGCAAGACAAUCUCCGAGCACGUCGAACGCGCAGAUCGCACUCCCAAAGAAGAACUCGAUGAAGAAGGGCUCGUAAAACAAGUCAAGCCUCUUCUUGAAGAAGGCGGCAACAUACUCCAAGAAAGCAACGGGGCAAUUCGCGCCCUCGACCCGGACGGCCACGUCGCGGCCAAUGCGAAAGCCCGCGCCGCCUCGCACGAGGCGUCCAAGGAAGAACAUGCGCUGGCGGAGCAACUGAAGGAGCUGUCCGAGACGGUCUGCACGACGAUUGACAACGCGAAGAAUCGCAUCGCGGACAUGCCUCAUGCGAAGAAAGAGCUUAAUCCGCUGUGGGCGCUGCUCACGGAGCCGCUGGGCCAGGUCAUUGCGGCGGUGGGCUUGUUGCUGACUGGUGUGUUGGGACUAGUUGGUCGUCUGCUGAAUGGACUCGGACUGGGUGGUCUUGUGAACAGCCUUCUGGGUGGACUGGGACUUGAUAAGUUACUGGGGAGUCUGGGACUCGGGUCAGUGACUGAUGCGCUUGGACUGGGUGGGUAAGAAUAAGGAAUGAUUCAGACGCAGUUGAUCUUCAAGGGAGAAGGGUCCCGGUUUAUAGUCCAAUAUCACACCUUCAUCUAGUUAUUCCAAUUUAAAAUUACUGCAUAUAAACAGAGAUGAUUAUGAUGUCGCUGUAGAUUAUGAUCUUGGGGAAGGGGUGGCAUAGUCGCUAUACGCCCUCGAGCCAACUAAUACACUCC